CUAGGGAAGAGGAGGGAUUUGUGUCUAAUCGCGGCUGUCUGAACUGUAAGACUUGGCGCCAAGCUUGGGCUGCUGGGGUCUAGAGACGGGACCGGAGGACUUGUGAGGCUACUCCGGAGCCAUGGAUAUCCGGAGAUUUUUUGGUGUCAACCCAGUUCCAAAAAAAUCUGGCAAUGAAAAGAGUGAUAAAAAUGAUAAAACAAAGAAUACAGAUGGUCACUUGGAAAAGAAGAAAUCAAAGGACAAUAAAGUUACAAGCCCAUCUAGUGAUCUGAAAGCAAGCAAGAAAGUACACAAGAAAAAGAGAAUUAUUUUAGAUUCUGAUUCGGAGGAGGAAACCCCCCCGGUGAAAAAAUCAAAAAAGCCACAAGAAAAGUCACCACCAUCAUUAAAACCAUUACAGAUGCCUAAGAAGGAUUCCGUAAACUAUGUUUCAGAAACUGAUGAAGAAGACUUUGCUCAGUUAAAGGUGGUUAAGAAACCAAAGGAAAAUGGCAGUGCAGCAACUGGCCAAAAUGAGAAGAAAGAGCAGGCCCCAAUCAAAACACAAGCCAAACCAAAAACGCCUGAAAAACGGACUACGUCUGUGGAAGAUUAUUUUGGGAUCAGCAGCGUUAAACGAUCAGACAAAAAACUUGUAGCAAGCAAAAGGAAAGAGACUUGCGAGAGCACUGAUGAUUCCACACUGGAUGACGAAGCUAUUGCCAAACAAAUUCAGAUUGAGGAAGAUGCAGAGUUGGAAAAACAGUUGCAUGAAGAUGAGGAAUUUGCCCGGACCCUUGCAAUGUUGGAUGAAAAACCCAAAAAAAAGAUGGAAAAAAAAACGUUGCAUGAAGAUGAGGCGUUUGCCCGAACCCUUUCAAUGUGGGAUGAACAACCCAAAAAAAAGGUGCGAAAGUUCUCUGAAGAGAAGCAGACGACUCCCUCUUCUAAAAUUAGUCCGCCAAAGUCUGAGAAAGAAACGCAUGCACCCUCAGCCAAAACACGCAGCUUAUCUGAUGACUUAAAAACUAGCAAAGAAAAGGAACAUAAAAAAGAGACUUCAAAGUCGUCUUCAUAUUCUGAAUCCCCAUCUGGAAAGUCUUCUUAUAAAACAUCACCCUUGAAGACUAGCUCGAAGCUGGCAAUAAUGAAACAGAAGGAAGAAGCUAUCAAAAAAGAAAAAGAACCAUGUACACCAGUAGCAAAAGACAAACCUGUUUCCAUCAAGGAGGAAGUGACCACACCAACGAAAACGCCUCAGAACACAGGGUCAAGUCCUGAAGAUUCUGAGAAGAAAAAGACCAAUUAUCAAGCAUACCGGAAUUUUCUUAAUCGAGAAGGCCCAAAGGCACUGGGGUCAAAGGAGAUUCCCAAGGGUGCAGAAAACUGCUUUGAGGGUUUAACAUUUGUGAUAACUGGUGUUCUGGAAUCUAUUGAAAGGGAUGAGGCCAAAUCUCUAGUUGAGCGCUAUGGAGGAAAAGUAACUGGAAAUGUCAGCAAGAAAACAAGCUAUCUUAUCAUGGGUCGUGAUGGAGGAGUCUCUAAGCAGGAAAAGGCAGACAGUUUUGGGACAAAGGUUAUUGAUGAAGAUGGUCUGUUUCAUUUAAUUAGGACAUUGCCAGGCAAGAAAUCAAAGUAUGUCAUAGCAGCAGAAGCAGAGGCAGGGAAAACAAAAUCAAAAUUACAGAAAACCCCUGAAAAACAUGAAACUGUAACCAAAAAGCUGAGUCCUGUUAAGAAACUCACUCCAGAAAAGAAACCAUCUCUAUCUGGGGAACAAACCAAUAGUGUGGGAAAAAGUGCAAACAUAAAAAGUGAAAUGGAGAAACCUUCAUGUUCACAGUCUUUGGAUUUGCAGCCACACAGUAGCUCUGAAAGUUUGCUCUGGGUAGAUAAGUAUAAGCCCACUUCUAUAAAGGCAAUUAUUGGACAGCAAGGAGAACAGAGCUGCGCUAGCAAGCUCAUGAGAUGGCUCAGAAACUGGCAUCAGCACUAUUCUUCUGAUGAAAAGAAACCUGCUGCGCAAUCUAAGAAGUAUGGAGGCAAAGAUGAUGGCGGCACAUUUAAAGCAGCCCUACUGUCUGGACCACCUGGUGUUGGCAAAACCACAACGGCUGUGUUAGCCUGUGAGGAGCUUGAUUACAGCUAUGUGGAACUGAAUGCCAGUGAUACGCGGAGUAAAAAUAGUAUGAAAGAAGUGGUAGCAGAGUCUUUGAAUAAUACAAGCAUUAAAGGCUUCUAUUCAGGAACAUCCAACUCUGUAAGCACCAAACACGCUCUGAUCAUGGACGAAGUGGAUGGCAUGGCAGGUAAUGAAGACAGAGGAGGUAUACAGGAAUUAAUAACUUUAAUCAAACAAUCAAAAAUACCUAUUAUCUGCAUGUGUAAUGACCGGAAUCAUCCCAAAAUUCGAUCUUUGGCAAACUACUGCUUUGACCUUCGUUUUCAGAGACCUAGAGUGGAACAGAUUAAGGGAGCAAUGAUGUCUGUGGCUUUUAAGGAAGGAUUGAAGAUUCCACCACCAGCUAUGAAUGAAAUAAUCUUAGGGGCAAACCAGGAUAUCAGACAGGUGCUUCAUAACCUCAGUAUGUGGUGCUCAAGAAGUAAAGAGUUGUCCUAUGAUGAAGCCAAAGGAAAUGCCCAAAGUGCCAAAAAGGACAUUAAAAUAGGUCCUUUUGACGUUGUUCGAAAGGUAUUUAGCAUCGGCGACGAAACUGCUCAUAUGACACUUAUAGACAAGUCUGACCUGUUUUUCCACGAUUAUUCUUUGUCACCACUAUUCGUCCAAGAAAACUACGUCCAUGUGAAGCCUGCUGCUGCUGGUGGGAACUUGAAAAAGCACUUACUUCUCCUGAGCAAAACAGCAGAUAGUAUAUGUGAUGGUGAUCUUGUUGACAAGGUGAUUCGCAGCCAACAAACCUGGAGCCUCUUGCCUACACAGGCAAUAUAUGCCAGUGUUUUGCCAGGAGAAUUGAUGAGAGGCUUUAUGUCACAGUUUCCCACUUUUCCAAGCUGGUUAGGGAAAUAUUCAUCCACAGCCAAACAUCAACGCAUAACUCAGGAGCUCUCAAUGCACAUGUCCCUCCGGACGCGAACCACCAAGGUUGCUUUGAAUUUGGAUUAUCUACCUUAUUUGAGGGACACGCUGGUAAAGCCACUGACUGAACAUGGCGCUGAUGGUGUGCAGCAAGUUGUGGAUUUGAUGGACAAUUACUAUUUGAUGAAAGAAGAUUUUGAUAACAUCAUGGAAAUCUGCAGCUGGGGAGGAAAAGCGAGCCCAUUUUCUAAACUUGAUUCUAAGGUGAAAGCUGCUUUCACCAGAGGUUAUAACAAGGAGUCUCAUAUGACCCCUUACUCGUUACAAAUGGUGAAGGCUUCUAAACGAGAAGCACCGUCAUCACUAGACUCUGAAAUGAAUGAAGAGUUGAAUGUUGAGGAAACCCAGGCUGAAGAGAAACCUGAUGAUGUUGAAACAGAUGCAAUGAUCAAGGCAAAAAAGCCCAAAUCUUCAAAGCCAUCAAAGCAAAACAAGCAGGGUGAGAAAAAGCCUACAAAAGCAAAAGGGAAGAAGGCCAAGUGAAGUUUGAGGUUGUUCCCAGAAGACACAAGAGGAAAUUAUGCAGACGUUGCUUGGUGGUUCUACGAGAGAAGCUAGUACAUUACAAAAUGACCGCGUAAAAUGUGCACAUUUCUCAGAAACCUAAGUUUGUCAUCAGAAUUGCCUGAAACUAAAAGUAUAUUGCAUUUUAGUUUUUUUUAUCCAUCACAUGUAUAUAAAAAUGUGCAUAAAACAUGUCCAACCAAGAAUUUACACAUUCUUUUGCACCUCCUGCUUCUGUAUAUAGUAUAUAUAUUAUAGAAACUAUUUCUUUUGUACAGAACUUUAUGUAAUGAUAUAAUCAUAAUUAAAAUUAGUUAAAAAUA